CCAGCAAUCCACAUCUGACACGCACACACUUGAACGGGUGAAGAGGAGCUGCAGACAUGCAGGAGAUGGGCGUCCAUGUGAGGACCAACCAGAUGGCGGCCCUGAUGGAACGAGCCGUUCGCUUCAAGCGCAUGCUCGAGCAGGGAGUGAAGAAGCCCUAUAAGGAUGUGAUAGACGUCUCCUGGGGUGACCCGCACAUGGCCGGAAUGAAACCUAUCACAUUUGUCAGACAGGUGCUCGCUGCUUGUUUCUACCCACAACUCCUGGACGGUGACAACCUGCCCGCGGACGUCAAACAACGAGCGCAGAAGCUGCUCCGCUGCUGUGAUGGCGGCAGCGUAGGUUCGUAUACAAACACAGCGGGUAUACCGGCAAUAGUGGAAAGCAUCGCUCAGUUCAUAAGCCAACGAGACGGCGUUCCGGCCGAUCCCGAGAACAUUUGGAUCCAUCCCGGCUCCCAGAUGUCGCUCACGAACAUCUUGACAAUGUUGGUGAACAGCGAGGCGUCCCCCAAGAGCGGCGUGCUCAUGCCGGUGCCGGGCUACAGCACCACCGCCUUGUCUGUGAAAAUCAUGGGGGGGGUGGUGGCCCCCUACUUCCUGGACGAGGAGCGCGGCUGGGCGCUGCGGGCGGACGAGCUGCGUCGGGCCUUGACGUCCGCCCGGGGCGCGUGCAGGCCCGUCGCUUUGUACGUCAUCAACCCGGGAAACCCAACAGGGCACAUCCAGAGCAGAAAGUCCAUGGAGGAGGUCAUCAGGUUCGUUGCAGAGAACAAACUCUUCCUUCUUGCCGAUGAGGUGUACCAGAGCAGCGUUUACGACACCAACAGUGAGUUUGUGUCUUACAAGAAGGUUUUGUGUGAGCUGGGGCCUCCUCUGGCCCAGACGCUGGAGCUGGCCUCCUUCCACUCGGCAUCCAAAGGCUUUCUGGGAGAGUGCGGUCUUCGAGGAGGCUACGUGGAGCUGGUCAACAUGGACCCCGCCGUCAUGCCGUACGUCCAGCGGCUGUUCCAUUUGGCCAGCUCUCCUCCCGUCGCCGGGCAAAUUGCUUUGGAGGUGAUGGCAAAGCCCCCCCAGCCAGGAGAUCCAUCGUACCCGCUUUACAACCACGAGACGGAGCACAUUAGGAGCACGCUGGUUGACAACGUGAAGCGAGUGCUACAGGUUUUCACGCGACUGCCUGCGGUCAGCUGCCAGCCGCUGUUCGGAGGGGCCUUUGCCUUCCCCAGACUGCAUCUGACGCCCAAAGCCGUUCACACGGCCAAGGAAGCGGGCAUGCAACCUGACAUGUUCUACUGUGCCAGACUGCUGGAGGACACCGGCGUGCUCGUUAGACCGGGCUGCGAAUACGGACAAAAGGAAGGCACCUACCACAUCAGGUUUUGCAUCAUGACACCUGCUGACGUCAUGGAGGAACUUCUGAGACGCCUCAGCACUUUUCACUUGCAGUUCAUGAAGGACUUCUCAUAAAUGUGAUUUAAAAAAAAACAAAAAACAAUGUAGUUACCUAUUGAGGCCAAAUAACACUGUAAAAGCAUCAUUUUUAUAUCAAUGACAAUAAUGCUCAAUUUUGGAUUGAUCCUGUCAGGGAGGGAUUCAUUUAGUUUUGUGUAAAAUUAAGGUAACCACAUUAAAAUAAAGUAAAAACACAUUUUAAUGAUUGACACCAGUAAAAUUAAGUUAACCACUGUAUAUUAAUAAAACAAAGUAAAAACACUGUCAGGGGUAUUCAUUUAGCAAUGUGUGCAAGUAUAAUAAUUAAGCAAAAAAUAUACCUUAAAUAAUAUACACAUGUAAUUUUAAACAGCAAUAAAACAAGUAUAACUAGCAGGACACAUUUGCCAUCACUGCUGCCAUCUGUGGUGUCGGUCACAACAAAGCCAAAGAAAAAGCUAAAGUUCCACAAGAUGAUGGACAAUGGUUUGAAUUUUUAUUCUGGUUCUCCACAUCGUAUGACUUUUGGGGCAUUCAACUGUAUAUAAGAUAAUAUAAUUUAUCGAAACAAAAUGAUAAACAUUUGACUUUUCAUAAGUCAUUCAAUAGACUACAUGAGUUUGCACAAUCCAAACAAAUGGAUUUCUUCAACACUACUUUAUCAGGUACCGAUUCAAAAAAUGUACUUGCAAUAAUUAAACAAAA